AUCAGAGCGCAGCGCACAGUGACAGAUCCAGUACAUAGACUGGAGCAAGUUGACAAGAGGACGUUUUCCGUCAUGAGUCGAGAUAAGGUGGCAUAUGCUUUGGCAUUGACAUGAGACAUAUGGUGCUUUUGGUCGAACAUUAACUUUAAAAAGUUCUUUUCUAACCUCGUUCCGGAAACUUUCUUUAAAUUCAGCUAAACAUAUUAUACUAAACGCGCACGCAUAUGGUUUGCUGCUAAGUUAGUUGCGAUUCUCAUUAGGACAUAGCUUUAGUUGAACCAAGCCAGGAUGUACUAUGAAGACAACGCAAAUUCUCUCAAGCCACAUUAUGGAUCCAUCCAGGAUGACGAGAGGCUCUCGGCCGAGGAGAUGGACGAGAGGCGCCGGCAGAACAUCGCCUACGAGUACCUGUGUCACCUGGAGGAGGCCAAGCGGUGGAUGGAGGCGUGUCUGGAGGAGGACCUGCCCCCCACCACAGAGCUGGAGGAGGGGCUGAGGAACGGGGUCUACCUGGGCAAACUGGCCAAGUUCUUCGCCCCCAAGACGGUCUCCGAGAAGAGGAUCUACGACCGAGACCAGGCCCGCUACAAGCGCACAGGCCUCCACUUCAGACACACCGACAACACAGUGCAGUGGCUCAGAGCUAUGGAGUCAGUAGGCCUGCCCAAGAUAUUUUAUCCCGAAACGACUGACGUGUAUGAUCGCAAAAACAUGCCCAAGGUGGUAUACUGCAUACACGCGCUCAGCUUAUAUCUGUACAAGCUGGGCAUCGCGCCACAGAUCCAGGAUCUGCUGGGUAAAGUGGCCUUCACAGAGGAGGAGAUCAACAACAUGAGGAAGGAGCUGGAGAAGUACGGCAUCCAGAUGCCCACCUUCAGUAAGAUCGGGGGCAUCCUGGCCAACGAGCUCUCUGUGGACGAGGCUGCCCUGCACGCCGCCGUGUUUGCCAUCAACGAGGCGGUGGAGCGCGGCGAGGCCGAGGGGACCAUGGGGGCCCUGAGGAACCCCAACGCCCUGCUGAGGAACACCAUGGACAGCCUGGCCCAGGACUACCAGGACACCCUCAGCCAGGCCAAGGCCAGAAAGGAGGACCAGGCCUCGGGCAGGCGCUCGUCCGUGGCGUCGGAGGAGAGGGAUGUGUACGAGGAGCUGCUGACCCAGCAGGAGAUCCAGGCCAGCGUGGACUUCGUCAACAGCCAGGCAGCGGUGAGGCAGGUGAACGAGGCGGUCUCUGCCGGGGACGAGGCGUCGCUCCUGGCCGCUCUCCGUCUGCCGGCCCUGGCGCUGCUGGGGGUGCAGGAGGCCCAUGCCCGCUGGUACCUGGAGCACCUCUCCUCCCACCGCCAGCACAAGACCCAGGACUCUGGAGGAGCCGCGACGAUGGACAGGGAGGAGAUCCAGAGGCUGGUCAGCUCCUGUAACGACUACGCCGAGGCAGAGAGAAGAAAGCUGGCGGCCGUGGACGCCAUCAACGCGGCCAUUCGCCGCGGCAACGCGGAGGAGACGGCCGAGGAGCUGCUGAACCCCGAGGCGCGGCUGCCCGUCGUGUACCAGAGCGCUGCCAACCUGUACCAGGGCGAGCUCUUCAGCCUGCAGAUCCAGGGCACCAGGCAGGCGGGGCUGAGCCACGCGGAGCUGUGCGUCGCCGUGGAGAUGCUGUCGGCGGUGGCGGUGCUGAACGAGGUGUUGGACACCAAGGACCCCCAGGCUGUCACCGAGCAGCUGUGUGACUCCCCCUUGGGCUUCAGCAACAUGGACCAGGACAACCUGCACAGGUACGCUGACACCCUCAUCAGGCUCCGAGCCGAGGGGCUGGCCCAGGGACAGGAGUUCCUCACCUGGAACGACGUCCAGAAGAGCAUCGACAAGGUCAACCUCCAGGUGCACGAGGAGCACGAACGCAUCAUAGCCAUCGCGGAGAUCAACGAGGCGCUGAACUCGGGCGACCCUCUCCAGACCCUGGCCGCCCUGCUCCUCCCUACAGCCCAGCUGCAGGCCGUCAACCCCCCCACGGCCAGACACUACCACGACCUGCUGCUGAGCACCAAGCUGCAGCUCUGCAAGAGCUCUGGGGAUGAGUCUUCAGUCCUGUGGUUGGACCAGAUCCAAGAGGCCAUACACACAGCCAAUCAAAAUGAAGUGGACGCUCUCACCUUGGCCGGGGCGGUGGCGGACAUCAACAGAGAGGUGGCGCGGGGGGACUCCCAGAAUACCCUGCAGGCUCUGCAGGCGCCGGGCGCGGGUCUCCGAGGGGUGCUGUCAGAAUGUGCCGACGCCUACCAGGGCCAACUGGCCCAGAAACAAAACUUCAAUACUACCUCAGCUCCAGGAGGCAUUGAGAGCGCGUGGGUGAGACACGUGCUCAAGGACGGCCACGGCUACUUCUACAACCCGGAGAGCGGGCAGGGGACGUGGGACCAGCCGGAGGCCUUCCAGCUCAACAGCAGCCGGCUCAGCAGAGAGGACAUCCAGAGCGUGAUUGGCCGCGUGACAGCGGAGUACAACAGGGAACAGUUAUGGUUGGCCAACGAGGCCCUGGUGACCCAGCUACAGGCCCGGGUUAGAGGUUACCUGGCGAGGAGAGCCCACACACAGAGACUGGAGUAUCUACGAGAACAGGAACCCCAGGUGGUCAGGCUACAGGCUUCCUGGAAGGGCUAUAAACAGAGAAAGGUGUACCAAGACAGAAAACAAGUUCUGCAGGGCAACGUCAUGUCAGUGGUGAAGAUCCAGUCCCUGUUGAAGAUGUGGAGAGCCAAAAGGAAAUAUUCCCAGAGACUGCGGUACUUCAGAGAACACGAGAAGGACGUGGUGAAGAUCCAGGCCUUCCUCAAGGCUAACCAAGCCAGGCACGACUACAGGACGCUCACUGGCGCCCAGGACCCCCCACUCUCCGUGGUGCGCAAGUUCGUCCACCUGCUGGAGCAGAGCAAUCUGGACCUGCUGGAGGAGCAGGAAGUGAUCCGUCUGCGGGAGGAAGUGGUCACCAAGAUCCGCUCCAACCUGCAGAUGGAGAAAGACCUGAACAUGAUGGACAUCAAGAUCGGUCUGCUGGUGAAGAACAGAAUCACUCUGCAGGAUGUGGUGUCCCACAGUAAGAAAAUGAACUCUAAGAAGAAUAAGGAGGAGCUGGUUACAGGAGACAGGCAGGGCAUCAAGGGUUUGAGCAAGGGCAAGCGGAGGAAACUAGAGGCCUACCAGCACCUCUUCUACCUGCUGCAGACCCACCCCUUGUACCUGGCAAAGCUCAUCUUCCAGAUGCCCCAGAACAAGUCCACCAAGUUCAUGGACACGGUGAUCUUCACCCUGUACAACUACGCGUCCAACCAGAGGGAGGAGUACCUGCUGCUGAAGCUCUUCAAGACCGCCCUGGAGGAAGAGAUCAAGUCCAAGGUGGACCAGAUCCAGGACAUCGUGACGGGGAACCCCACGGUCAUCAAGAUGGUGGUGAGCUUCAACCGGGGCGCGCGGGGCCAGAACUCCCUCCGGCAGCUCCUGGCUCCCACGGUGAAGGAGAUCAUCGAGGACAAGGCCCUGGGCAUCAACACCAACCCUGUGGACGUGUACAAGACCUGGGUCAACCAGCUGGAGACGGCUACCGGGGAGGCCAGUAAGCUGCCCUACGAGGUGGCCCCCGAUCAGGCCAUGGCUCACCCGGAAGUACGCGCCAAGCUGGAGGCCUCCCACCAGACGCUGCGCUCGGCCACGGACAAAGUCCUCAACUCCAUCGUGUCGUCCCUGGACAACAUCCCUUAUGGCAUGAGAUACAUAGCUAAGGUCCUGAAGAACUGCCUCCACGAAAAGUUCCCAGACGCCUCGGAGGACGAGCUGCUGAAGAUCGUAGGGAACCUGCUGUACUACCGCUUCAUGAACCCGGCCAUCGUGGCGCCGGACGGCUUCGACAUCAUCGACCUGUCGGCGGGAGGCCAGCUCCACUCGGACCAGCGCAGGAACCUGGGCUCCGUGGCCAAGACGCUGCAGCACGCCGCCGCAAACAAGCUCUUCGGGGAGAACUCCCACAUGACCCCCAUGAACAACUACAUCUCCCAGACCUACGAGAAAUUCAGUGAACUGAUUAGUGCACUGGUGUUGGAGCACCUAGAGGCCAUCUCCCCGGACCACAACGAUCUUCUGCAUGAGCUGCUGCAGGACCUGGGAGACGCACCAGACGUAGAGGCUUUGCUCGGCGAGGGGGCGGUGGACCCCAACGACCCCAACAAGGAGAGCACCCUGAGCCAGCUGGCCAAGACGGAGAUCUCCCUGACCCUCACCAGCAAGUUUGAGCUGCUGGAGGGAGACGACAAGGACAUGAAGGGACUGAUGACCAAGACCAAGAAGCUGAUAGUGGACGUGGUGAGGAUGCAGCCAGGAGAAACCCUACCAGAGACCCUGGAGACCCCCGCCACACCCCUUCAGGAAGCGGAGCACGCCCAGGUGGUGGAGCGGCGCGCGGCGCAGGACGCCCAGGCGCCCGAGGGCCUGAAAAGCAGCGUGGCGGGGCAGGAGGACCGCCAGCUACCCCUGGAGCAGAAGAAGCGGAAGGUGCUGAGGAACCUGCGCUCCCUGGAGCAGGCCGGCCUGGCCAGCGGCGCCAACGGCUACCAGGACCUCAUCAACGACAUCGCCAAGGACAUCCGGUAUCAGAGACGCUACAGACAGAGGAGGAAGGCGGAGCUCGUCAAGCUCCAGCAGACACUGAGCGCGCUCAACUCCAAGACGGCCUUCUACCAGGACCAGACCAACUACUACGACACCUACAUCAGAACCUGCCUAGACAACCUCAACAGGAAGAACGCGCGCAGGUCCAUCAAGCUGGACAGGAAGGGCGAGGAGAAGGGCAGCAAGAAGUGGAAGCAGCAGUCUCUCAAGUACACGGCGGCCAGGCUGCACGAGAAGGGCGUCAUCCUUGAGAUAGAGGGACUGCAGACCAACCAGUUCAAGAAUGUCAUGUUUGACAUCUCGCCCAGCGAGGAGGUGGGAGACUUUGAGGUGAAGGCCAAGUUCAUGGGAGUCGAGAUGGAGAAGGUCCAGCUGCAUUUCCAGGACCUCCUGCAGCUGCAGUACGAGGGGGUGUCCGUCAUGAAGAUGUUCGACAAGGCCAAAGUCAACGUCAACCUGCUCAUCUUCCUCCUCAACAAGAAGUUCUAUGGAAAGUGAGGGAUCAACUGGGGACACAAAACAAACGAGAAAGGGAGAACGUCUGUGUGAAAGGAUCGCGCCUUUCGACAACCGUUUGUUCUAUGUUAUUUUGUUAUGGUGUGGGACGUAAUGCAGCCUAAAUGUGGUCUAUCAGUUUGCUCAUUGAUCAUCAGUGGUGAAAUCAAACAGACAUAAUAUUCGUUUGUUGCUGAUGGUGACAAGUCAAUGGUCACCACUUAAUAAAGGAAAUCCAGUCCACAAUGAAAUGUUAGUUCCCUGUAUUGUCAAAUUGUAUCGCUUCCUUUUGUUUGUUUGUUUGUUUGUUCAGGACCACUGAGUGAUUGUAUAUGGAAUAUAUUUUUUAAGAUAUUAUAAUGAAACUUUUAUAUGUAGACGUUAUAAUGAUAUUGUGCAUUUACACCAUUGUCACGUUUAAAAAAAGAAAAGUGUUCAAGGACUUGGACGACUGUACAAUGCACUACUGUCAAAACGUAUUUACAGUGGAAACUUCAUGAAGUGUCAUUCUAGCCAGCAGUUCUGGACCUGCUGUAGGUCACCUGUGCCUUUUGAAUUCACACACAUUAGAAACAUUUUCAUGAUGAUUAGUGAACAUGUAUUCUUUGUAGACUCAACUUUUAAAUGUAUUGUGAAGUAUAAAUUAAAAACGAUUUCAGCA